AGCUAGAGAUAACAUCUCCCUGUGGGUAACCCUUCCCUGCCAAGCCCCCUGAAGCUGGGCCCAGGCUGAGAGGAGGGAUUGUGGGGUGUGGAAUGAAUUUAGGGGUGUGAGGGUCUACCAGGCAGAAGCAGGUCGGCUGUGAUGACAGCACAGAGCUCAGGAACGCUGCCUGAGGACCCUGGGGCCUACGAGGAGGAGAAGAGGGCAGGAGCUGGUGGGGUGCUUGCAGAGACCCUGGGCUCCUAUCCUGCCAUAAGCCUCGCUGUCUCCUGAUAUCUGCAGCCAGGCCCUACUGACACCUCCAGGCCUGAGUACAAGCAGAGACCCCACCCUUCCCAGGCCCUGGAGGACUGGUCCACCUUAACUGGGCAGCCCUUGGGGCAGGCGCUGGCCGGUGCCUCAGCCCAGGCCUCUGUGCUCUGCAUGCACUGCCAGCCUGCCAUCAGGCCCCUUGCAGUGGGUUGCAGCCCUGAACCAUGAUCCAGGGCACCUUCGAGCCAGAUGGUCCCCUCUGGGGCUGGGACUGGGACAGUGACAAUGACUGGGAUAGUGCUGUGCUGGCCCUCCUGGCGCUGGCUGUGGUGGCUGCCACAGCGCUGGCCUUACACUGGUUUGGCUCCGGGCACGACCAAGAGGCGGCAGAACCGGUGUCCACAGCCCUCGGGGCUCAACCUCAUCAGGCAGGAGGAGCUGAGCUGGCCCUGCAACCGAAGUCCAAGGUCAGUGAUGGCAGCGAGGGGCAGAGCCCAGGGCAGGGGAAACCAGAGCCCCCAGGACGCGGCCAGCAGAGCCCUGUCCCUGCUGCAGCGCCGGGCGGGGGCCUGGCCGCCAUGGCCCGGCUUCCACUCAAGACAGCUGUCGAGGAGGCCCGCAGAGGGGCAUUAGGACAGCAACGGGGCAGUGCUACCCCCGCGGCCCCCCGAGCAGAAGGAAAGGAGCCUCCCAGGCCAGGCACUGCCCUCCUGGGCAGGAGCGAAGAGGGGGGGAUGUCCGCCCCCCUCCUGAUCCACUUCACUCCUCGGAGCCCUGGCAGCGAAGCGGAGGCGCAGGCGGAGACAGGUGGUGUCAGGGCGUCCUCUCGCCAGGCCGCAGGCCCCGCGGGGCAACAGGACACUGGCCCCUGGCAGGCGGGCGCGGGGCCCUCGGGCUCGAUGGGGAGAGGCCCGGGCCGGCGGCGGCGGAUGGACGCUGGCUCGGGAGACAGAGCCCGCCGCCCCCGGAAACUGGACCUGCUCCGCCUGGGCGCCGCGGGGAGCGUGUGGGACGCGGUGGAUGAGGCCGCCGCCCUGGACGCCCACGCGCGCGGCCUCCCCACAGGACCCCCACUCGCCCAGGAGCCCGCACUCCCGGCGCUGCCCGCUCCCCGCGCCCUGCAGCCUGGGUCUCAGACGGAAGGCUCUGGGGCCAAGGGUGGCUGGAGCAGGGAGGCUUCGGGGGUCCCUGCCCCUGGAGGAGGCUGGCCCUGGGUCAGCAGGGAGGUCCCGGGCACCCGGAGCUUUGGCCCAGCCCCAGGCUCCACGCGCCCCUGGCUAGAGAGUCCGCCUCAAGGUCGCCCACUCUCGUCCCAAGGGCCGGGUGCCACAGGGGCCUACGAUGCGGGCGAGGCCGGGGCUGACAGCUCCCGAGAUAACAGUCCUGCCGCUGACCUGGGGCCCACCCGGCCCCCGGAGCAAGCAAAGCCGGCCGCAGCCUGCCACAGCCGCGCGCCCUCCCGGAGCCGUGAGCCUCGCCCGCGCUCCGCCUCCCCGCCCGCAGCUCCCGGCCCGGGGUUCCCACCUGAAGCCCUGACUGUCCCUUCUCCUUCAGAUUUUUUGCCCCUGGGGGUUACCCAGGGUCCUUCUGUGGGCGAAAAUCUCAGAGCGGCGCCAGCCCCAAGUUCAGCCUCAGCCCAAGUCUUAACUUCAGCUCCAGCCUCAGUCCUAGCCCCAGCCCUGGCUUCAUCCCCCACCUCAGCACCAACCUCAUCCCCCACCUCAACCUCAUCCCCCACCUCAGCCCCAGCCCCAGCUCCAACCUCAGCUCCAACUUCAACCCCAGCCCCAGCCCCAAGUCCAGCCCCAGCCCCAGUCCCAGUCCCAACCCUCACACCCCCAUCCCCAGCCCUAACCCCAGUCCCAACCCCAGCCCCAACCCCAGCUCCAACUCCAGCCCCAACCUCAGCCGCAUCCCCUGCCCCAGCCCCCACCUCAGCCCCAACCCCAGCCACAUCCCCUGCCCCAGCUGACGGGUCAAAGCCUCAGGAGAGUGUGGCUCUCCCCAGGCGCUACCAGGAGGGGCAGGUCUCAGCCAGCUGGGGAAACCUUAUUGCCAUGGUUCUUAGAAGCCACCCCUUCCCCAGGCAAGACAGGCCCCAAGGGAGUGUCCCGAGGGCGGUUCCCGGGAGCCCCGUGGAUCCCAGCACUUCCACACACUCUGAGGACAGACACGGCCCCUCUUCUUCAGUGGGGACAGUCAUGGGGACAGGUACAGGGGGCCUGGUUGAGGCUGGAGCUCAGCCACAGACAAGAAGCUCCGAGACCAACGGAUCGCCCAGCCCAGACCCUCCCCCAGGCCUAAGAGGAGAGGGAACCAGGGAGAAAAGUCUAGACUCGCUGCCCCAAGCCGCGAUGCCCAGGGGCCCCGCACAGCCCCCCGCGCAGAGGCCGCCUGGCCCCGCGGCCUCCUCCUCUGUGAGGCGCUCACAGCCGGUACCCCAGCUACGGAAACGCAGCAGGUGCGAAAUCGCCCCGACCUCGGAGCAGGAGGUCAGGCCGGCCGCCUCAGGGGACCCUCAAGGGGAGGCGCCGGGGGAGGGGGGCAGCCCUGCCGGCCGCAGCGGGGCGCUCACAGAAAAGCAGAAGGAGGCCCGGAAGCUCAUGGUGUUUCUGCAGAGGCCCGGGAGUCGGGGGGUGGUGGAGGGGCCCCGGAAGCCCAGCUCCCGGGCCCUGGAGCCCACCACGGCGGCAGCCCUGCGGCGGCGGCUGGACCUGGGCAGUUGCCUGGACGUGCUGGCCUUUGCCCAGCAGCACGGAGAGCCCGGCCUGGCGCAGGAGACCUACGCGCUGAUGAGCAACAACCUGCUGCGAGUGCUGGGAGACCCGUGCCUCUACCGCCGGCUGAGCGCGGCCGACCGCGAGCGCAUCCUCAGCCUGCGGACCGGCCGGGGCCAGGCGGUGCUGGGCGUGCUCGUACUGCCCAGCCUCUACCAGGGGGGCCGCUCAGGGCUCCCCAGGGGCCGUCGUGGCGAGGAGCCUCCUGCGGCGGCCCCCGUGCCCCUGCCACUACCGGCGCACCUGCAUGUGUUCAACCCCCGGGAGAACACCUGGCGGCCCCUGACCCAGGUGCCCGAGGAGGCCCCGCUUCGGGGCUGCGGUCUCUGCACCAUGCACAACUACCUGUUUCUGGCGGGGGGCAUCCGUGGCUCCGGUGCCAAGGCCGUCUGCUCCAACGAGGUCUUCUGCUACAACCCUCUGACCAACAUCUGGAGCCAGGUUCGGCCCAUGCAGCAGGCCCGAGCCCAGCUCAAGCUGGUGGCCCUGGACGGGCUGCUCUAUGCCAUCGGUGGCGAAUGCCUGUACAGCAUGGAGUGCUACGACCCGCGAACAGACGCCUGGACCCCACGCGCGCCGCUCCCCGCAGGCACCUUCCCUGUGGCCCACGAGGCUGUGGCCUGCCGUGGGGACAUCUACGUCACGGGGGGUCACCUCUUCUACCGCCUGCUCAGGUACAGCCCCGUGAAGGAUGCUUGGGACGAGUGUCCAUACAGUGCCAGCCACCGGCGUUCCAGCGACAUCGUGGCGCUGGGGGGCUUCCUGUACCGCUUCGACCUGCUGCGGGGCGUGGGCGCCGCCGUGAUGCGCUACAACACAGUGACCGGCUCCUGGAGCAGGGCCGCCUCCCUGCCCCUGCCCGCCCCCGCCCCACUGCGCUGCACCACCCUGGGCAACACCAUUUACUGCCUCAACCCCCAGGUCACUGCCACCUUCACGGUCUCUGGGGGGACUGCCCAGUUCCAGGCCAAGGAGCUGCAGCCCUUCCCCUUGGGGAGCACUGGGGUCCUCAGUCCAUUCAUCCUGACUCUGCCCCCUGAGGACCGGCUGCAGACCUCACUCUGAGUGGCAGGCAGAGAACCAAAGCUGCUUUGCUGCUCUCCAGGGAGACCCUCCUGGGAUGGGCCUGAGAGGCCGGGGCUCAGGGAAGGGGCUGGGAUCAGAACUUCCUGCUCUUGUUUCUGGACAACUUUCCCCUUCUGCUUUAAAGGUUGUCGAUUAUUUUGAAGCCCAGACUCCCUCAGCCUCUUUCUGCCCCUCACUCCACACCCAGACUGUUUCCUGACUCAAUUCCGUACCUGCUUACAGACCCUCUCAGCUUGCUCACACCCCACUGUCUGUGGGACUCCCUAUUCCCUAGAGCCAGGGACUGAUGCGUCCCCACAGACAAGGACUUGGCUCGCUGGAGCUCUGCUGAGCCGAGAGAGGAGGGGGUAGAAAACAUUCACGCUUCCUAUGCUCUGUCAGCAGGACAGGGAGCAAAAACGUCCCCAGGCAACGCCCUCGCCUCUGGGACUUUCUGCCUGUCCUAAGGCCUCCCCAGGUACCAACCCCGCAGCUAUCUGGGUCUGUUUGGCACUGUGGAUUCUCAAGGGCCUAGAACCCUUGCCUCUGAAACUGGUCCGCUGGUGCAGCCCUGCUGUCUGCAGCUCCUGCCCAUACCCCCAGCCCAUACCAGGCCAGGCCCACUCCGGGCUCACCACCCUCUGCAGCCUUGUGGGGCUCUCCCAGCCCCUCCAGAAGCCCACCCCACUUCUCACCAACCCCCCAUCUCUAAAUGAGGCCAGAGUGUCACCCUAGUUCUGCCCCUUUUUAGCUGUGUAGACUUGGACAAGACAUUUGACUUCCCUUUCUCCUUGUCUGUAAAAUGUGGACAGUGGGCAUCUGUCACCCAAGAGAGUUGUGGGAGUCAAGAUCACAGCUGUGAGCACCUCACACGGUGUCCAGCAUGCACAGCACAAUCCAUGAUGUGUUUUCUCCCCUCACGCACUUUGAAACCCAUGCUAGAAAGGUGAAUACAUCUGUCUGUGCUCCACUCCAACCUCCAGCCUGGAUGUCCCUGUCUGGGCCCUUUUUCUGUUUUUUAUUCUAUGUUCAGCACCACUGGCACCAAAUACAUUUUAAUUCACCGAAA